CCCAAACAGUAGAAACGUCAGCGGCAGUAGAUCGUUCAGAGAGUGUUUGGGCGUAGUUUCCGGUCUUUAAUGUGGACUAAAACGGGUUUAAUGUGCUGAAAGCUCGGAAAAGCUCGAGUCCAAGAGUGCUACAAAAAAUGACUCUCUUGAACCCAGCUGUGUGUCCAUCAAGAGCCACCGGUCCAUGGAUCCACCUUUAGUGUUUAAAGGACAGCUUCCUGCGUACACUCAUGGAUGUUGAAGGAACUUCAGGGAACCGAGGAGCUUCCUCUCCUCACACUGAAGCUGAAACUCAGAGUAGAGCAGGAAGCCCAGCAGUCACCGCCCAGCAUGGAAGUGUCGUCAGCUCACCUCAGUUUACAGAUGUCCAUGUGGGAGGGAAUAUAACGCUUAAUGUCAGCAACACAUUUGUCACGUCUCCUGACAGGACAGAUGAGACGAAAGCCGUUUCUCCCAAAACCGAAGUGGAUGCCAGUGGUGUUGAAGAAACUAAAGACGGGAUUGUUCCAGUACCAAAGCCACCACGACACAUCUCAUAUUACCAACAAAAGCUUCAGCCAAACCUCCAGAAUGAGUUUUUGUGUGCAGAAGAGGGGUGGGCACAAAAUAAAGAUGGGCGACCUCUGGAUGAUAUCUACACAGAUCUGUACAUCAAAGCUACUGGUGAUGUACACAUCAACACACAGCAUGAGGUCAGGCAGAUUGAGACAGUGAAGCCAACAGAUACAGAGACAGCAAUUACACCUUGUGACAUGUUCAAACACCCCUCUGUAAAAAACAGACCCAUAAGAACAGUGCUUACCAAUGGAAUCGCAGGAAUUGGAAAAACAUUUCUUGUCCACAAGUUUGUGUUGGACUGGGCUGAAGGAAGAGCCAAUCAAGAUGUGCAUCUCGUUUUCCCCUUCACCUUCCGCCAGCUGAAUUUAAAGAAGGGGGAAAAGUGGUGUUUGUCAGAGCUCAUUCAUGAAUGUAUCUGGGAGACCAGAGACAUCAAAGAAGAAGCUCUUAAUCACAUCUUUACAGCUCUGCAGUCAUCAGGAAACACCAACUUUGACAAGAGUGAAUUCAAACUUCUGUUUGUUUUGGAUGGACUGGAUGAGAGCCGCCUUGAUCUGGACUGCUCCACCAAUAAAAACCAGACAGUUAAAAUUGAUGUGACAGCGCCGACCUCAGUGGAUGAGCUGCUGACGAACCUCAUCAAGAAGAAACUGCUUCCCUCUGCUCGCAUCUGGAUAACCACACGACCUGCAGCAUCCAAUCAGAUCCAUUCUGAUUUUGUAGACAUCAUGACAGAGGUCAGAGGAUUCACUGACCCACAGAAGGAGGAGUACUUUAGAAAGAGAUUCACAGAUCAGGAGCGGGCCAGCAGAAUCAUCUCCCACAUCAAGACAUCACGAAGCCUCCACAUUAUGUGCCACAUCCCAGUCUUCUGCUGGAUCACUGCUACAGUUCUGGAGGACAUGUUGAAGACCAGAGAGGGAGGAGAGCUGCCCAAGACCCUGACUGAGAUGUAUGCAGAAUUCCUGGUGUUUCAGAUUCAUCAGACAAAAGAGAAGUAUGACCCAGAACAGUGCAUUCAGUACAUUGAGUCAUUAGCAAAACUGGCUUACCAUCAGUUGGAAAAGGGCAACCUGAUCUUCUACGAGAAAGAUCUAGAAGAGACUGGCAUUGAUGUCAGUGGAGCCUCGGUGUGCUCAGGAGUGUUCACAGAGAUCUUCAAAGAGCAACGUGGGAGGAAGAAUGAUAAAAAAAAGAUGUUUAGCUUCAUCCAUCUGACUGUUCAGGAGUUUCUGGCUGCUUUUCAUGUAGCGAGUGCAGUCAUUAACAGAAAUGAGAAUGUGAUGUUUGGGCAAAGUAUCUUCAAAAAAGUGUGGGAAGUUUUCAGCCGAACAUCUACGACAGAGGUCCACAGUUUUGCUAUUGACAAGGCCUUACACAGUCCAAACGGACACCUGGACUUGUUCCUCCGAUUCCUCCUGGGUCUUUCCCGGCAGACCAAUCAGAUUGUCCUUGAAGACCUGCUGGCUCAGACAGGAUCUAGCUCAGAGACCAAUCAGGAAACAGUCAACUACAUCAAGAAGAAGAUCAGUGAGAAUCUGUCUGCAGAGAAAAGCAUCAAUCUGUUCCACUGUUUGAAUGAACUGAAUGAUCAUUCUCUAGUGGAAGAGAUCCAACAGUACCUGAGUUCAGGAAGUCUCUCCGCACAUACACUGUCUCCUGCUCAGUGGUCAGCUCUGGGCUUCAUCUUACUGUCAUCAGAAAACGAUCUGGACGUGUUUGACCUGAAGAAAUACUCUGCUUCAGAGGAUGUUUUUAGGAGGCUGCUGCCAGUGGUCAAAACCUCCAAAAAAGCUCUGCUGAGUGGCUGUAACCUGUCGGAGAGAAGCUGUGAAGAUCUGUCCUCAGUUCUCAGCUUCGAGUCCUCUAGUCUGAGAGAGCUGGACCUUAGUAACAACGACCUGAAGGAUUCAGGAGUGAAGCUGAUCUCUGCUGGACUAAAGAGUCAAAACUGUACACUGGAGACACUCAGUCUGUCAGGCUGUCUGAUCACAGAGGAAGGCUGUACUUCUCUGUCCUCAGCUCUCAGCUCCAACCCCUCCCAUCUGAGAGUGCUUGACCUGAGCUACAAUCAUCCAGGAGACUCCACAGUGAAGCUGCUGUCUGCUGGACUGGAGAAUCCACACUGGAGACUUGACACUCUCAGGGUGGAUCAUUGUGGAGAGCAGAGGCUGAAACCUGGUCUGAAGAAGUAUUCCUGUGAACUUACACUGGACACAAACACAGUGAACAGAGACCUCAAACUGUCUGACAACAACAGGAAAGUGACAAGGGUGAAUGAGGAUCAGCCAUAUCUUGAUCAUCCAGAGAGGUUUGACCGCUGUUCUCAGCUGCUGUGUAGAGAUGGUCUGACUGGUCGCUGUUACUGGGAGGUCGAGAGGACGGGACAUGUUUUUAUUUCAGUGAGUUACAGAGGAAUCCGCAGGAGAGGAGACAGUGAUGACUGUGUGUUUGGAUAUAGUGAUCAGUCCUGGUGUCUGGAGUGCUCUUAUAUGUAUGGUUACACUGUCAUUCACAACAAGAGAAGAACAGACGUCUCCUCCUUCGCCACUCUCUCUGAUAGAGUAGCAGUGUAUGUGGACUGUCCUGCUGGCUCUCUGUCCUUCUACACAGUCUCCUCUGACUCACUGAUCCACCUCCACACCUUCAACACCACAUUCACUGAACCUCUUUACCCUGGGUUUGGGUUAGGAGGUGGUUCCUCAGUGUCUCUGUGUUCUCUGUAGGACGGAGAGUCUCCUCCUGUGAACAGAAACACUCACACUGCUGACCAACACACACAAUCUCUUUGUCAAUCAAACCACCUCAAAUUUACAAGAAAACAAUGAAUAUUAAAAAUGACUCACUGCAUGUCCAUGGUUUAAAAUACCUUUAAAUAUGUUUUCAUUCAGGUUUUUGGGGCGUUUCUGGGAAAACCUUUUACUACAUUUAUUUGAUACUUUAGUUACUUUGCAGAUUCAGAUUAUUAAUACAAAAAUAAACAAAUACAUGAUGCAUUAUUAUGGAUAAAGAUGAACGGUAUUGGUUAAAUUCACAUGUUACCCAGCAGGUUAUAAAGUCAUUAAAUCAAGCUCCACCUUUUUAAUCUUGACAAUGUUCAGAAAGCUGCUGUCCAUUGGUUUAGAUGGUUUUGCUUCCAGCUGGCAGCCAGUCAGUGUGAGCUGUAAACAUAGCACUCGUUUUUUAAACUGAAAUGGGUGCGUUGAACACCCCGCGCUCUGCCUUUUUAUUACCACAGGUUUACAGACACGUCUCUGCUGAUUGGGUAUCACCUGGGACAUGGCCUAUAAGCGAGAGACACGCCCACCAAACGAGAGAAAACCUAACUCAACACAGUUUGACACCGAUCAGAGGAAACAUGUCGUUCAACCAGGAAACCGUAAAGGUGCCCCUGAUGUCUGUAUUAGAGUUUAAUCUGAGGAUUGUGAAAAUGGGAUUCUGUAAAACACGCUUGUUAAAUUACUUUUAUUCCAAUUAUAUUGAAUGUAAUAAGUUGAAAGAUUUAAUAAAGAGAAAUAAAUAUUGUACAUAAA